AUGACCAAGUUACGCAGACUUUUGGAUGAAGUACACAGACAGCUGGAAAUCCCAGUCGAGGUGCUGGAGCAAGACUAUGAGUCUGUCAGUUCUAGCGUAUUGAUGCCUCAGCAGAUGGAUCAGAACUAUCGUAUUGAGCUCGAGCAGCUACGCCGAUAUCUCUGCGUACUCAUUUCCGGGGAAACGGCGCCAUCCUCAUGCUGGCCAUAUGCUAUGCGGUCAUGCUUCUGGGGCAUCCCGGUCUUAUGCAGGGCUCCAUCAGUUGUCCUGGACCCUGUGUCUAUGAAACAGCAAUGCUUGGAAUUUCAGGAAGUCUGCGGUUUGACGGGAGAAGACAUUUAUACGGCCGAUAUAUGGGAGAACACACAGCUCCUCGAGUGGGCAAGGUCAAAUCAGUCACGGUUGUUGUUGAUUCAAGGCGGCUAUGAAUCGGUUACUCGCCUUGAAAGAUUUGCUGCCGAAAUUUGGGAGUAUCUUGACAGCAAGAAGCCCACCGUCGCCGUGUUGCAGUGUCCGGCUUCAACAGACUUCUUUGGUGUAUUUGAUGAACGAGAACUACUUCGACAGAUCGCACUACAGGCUUUGCGAAAGGUCUCACUUGACCAAUCAAUAUUGUACCUGGCUUAUUUGGCACAAGUAUUUGCAGAAGCCUCGACAUGUGAAGACUGGUUCAGAAUCCUCGAGAGAAUAUUCUCGAAGUUGCCGAGUUUGGUUAUCAUUAUGACCGUCACUGUUCUAGGGGAACGAGCUGAACACACCAAAGCCUGGCCUAUGCAACUGGAAGACUGGAUGGGAAGGUUACAAAAGACGUGUUUCCCGUCUGUGAAAGCAUUGCUCAUUGCAACCCAUCCAUUAUGGGUUGCACCGGGAACACAACCGCUGUUGUGGGUUGAAAAAGCACCAAGAAUUGUUCUAGGUGAUGAAAUGAUUCGAAUAUUGGGCAUUGGCCUCCAAUUUGGGCAUCAGUAUCCAUUCAGCUUGCCAAAUCAAGGCAGAACGACACGAAAAAUGUUCGACAUGUCGCAAGCACUACAGCCCAGCAUGACACCAGAACAGCCAGACCAGUAUACUUCUACACAUGAAGCACCGAAAGCAGGAAGCUCGGAGUCGCUUCAGCCUACCUCCUCUCGAUCUCAUCCUACGCAAAUCGAUAUAGCAAUUCUCUGUGCAUUAACGUUUGAAGCUGAGGCUGUCGAGGAGCUGUUCGAUGAGCCAUGGACUGGUGGCUACAAUCGUUCCGAGGGAGACACAAAUACGUAUACAUUUGGUAUUAUUGGCCGACAUGGUGUUGUGUUGGUCCAUAUGCCUGGCAUAGGUGCGAUCUACUCUGCGACUAUAGCGGCUUAUUGCCGAUCGACCUUCCCUAGAAUCUCACUGGCACUCAUGGUAGGAGUUUGCGGAUGUGUCCCGUUUUCUGAAGAUGGGACAGAGCUUUUGCUCGGCGAUGUCGUCAUUAGCGAUGGACUGGUCCGCUAUGACUUCGCGAGACAAUGCCCGGAUGGCUGCUUGAUCAAAAACAGCGUGUCAGAGAGCGCUAGAAAGUUGCCGGUGGAGAUUCUGGGGUACCUGGCCAAGCUCAAAGGUCUGAACGCUCAAAGGAGACUUCGAGAGCGAGCGAAUGAACAUCUGGCCACAUUGAGUGAGUCAUUCGGGGUGAAGAGCCCUGGUAUUGAGGAAGAUAUCCUUUUCGAGUCUACAUAUCACCACAGGCACCAUCCCCCAUCAUCAUGCAAUAUAUGUAUUGGGGACUCGGAUGAUUUGACGGGCAUGGUUUGUGCAGAAGCACGUUCGGCAAUCUGCAAGGACCUCAAGUGCGAUAUCGCAAGGUCUGUACCGCGCAAACGACAAAUUGAGGUACCUGGCAAACAAACAGAUGUGUGUCCGGCUGUGCACUUUGGAAAAUUUGGCUCUGGAGAUAAGGUUAUGAAGUCGGGGGAAGAACGUGACCGUAUCGCGCGUGGUGAAGGGAUCAUUGCUUUUGAAAUGGAGGGGGCGGGGGCUUGGGAUACUCUGCCUUGUGUAAUUAUUAAAGGAGUCUGUGAUUAUUCUGACAGCCACAAACAUAAGAGGUGGCAAUUAUAUGCCGCUUUGACGGCCGCGGCCUACGCAAAGGCUUUCCUAGAGGGUUGGCGGCAAUAG